UCAGAUGUUCAGAUCACUCAGAGUUAUAACCAGCGCCUCUUGUCACAUCCCUGUCCUAGCUAAUUACGCCGGAAUGGCCGCAGCUGCAGCACCAUCCAGGAGCUUCACUAAAGAAGUGCUCCCGCCUGCACUGGGCGCCGUCUCCGAGCUCCCUCCCCUCUUCGAUGGCACCACCAGGCUCUAUAUUUGUUACAUCUGCCCAUUUGCUCAGCGCGCUUGGGUUACUCGGAACUGCAAGGGUUUGCAGGACGAGAUCAAGCUAGUCGCCAUUAAUCUGGAGGACAAACCUGCCUGGUACAAGGACAAGGUCUACCAUCCACAGGGCACGGUCCCUUCCCUGGAGCACAAUGGCAAAGUCACGGGAGAAAGCUUAGAUUUGAUCAGGUACAUCGACAGCAAUUUCCAGGGCCCGGCACUGCUUCCUCAAGACCCUGCUAAAAGGGAGUUUGCUGAUGAGCUGAUUGCGUAUGCUGACGCGUUUACCAAAGCACUCUACGCGCCCUUGAUCUCCAGAGUAGACAUGUCAGAUGAGGCCGUUGCUGCUCUUGACAAGAUUGAAGCUGCCCUGUCCAAGUUCAGUGACGGCCCGUUCUUCCUUGGCCAACUUAGCUUGGCGGAUAUUGCGUACGUGACGGUUUUGGAGAGGCUUCAGAUAUACUAUUCUCACGUCAGGAACUACGAGAUCACCAAAGGCAGGCCCAACCUUGACAAAUUCAUCGAGGAGAUGAACAAGAUUGAAGCAUAUAAGCAGACCAAAAACCAACCGCUAAUAUUGCUUGAUUGUGCGAAGAGGCAUCUCAAGAUUGCUUAAGAAUUGGAGAUGUUGCCAUCUGCCAAGAAUAACGGGAGUCGAUGCCAGGGAAUGAUGGCUUCUGAAUAGACGAAGGCUCAAGUCUCAUCAUGAGUUGGCUUGAUUGUCAUAGCAAAGAGUUGUAGUAUAUGUUUCCUUCCUAAUGAACGACGCCAUGUUGUAGCCUGCAUAUCAUACGAUAAUAAUUUACUAUCUUAUUCCAUUCCAAAA